CUAUUGCUCGUUCUUCCUCUCAUCUCUUUAGUUGAACUCAUGACGAGGUGAAAAUGGCGGAUAUUUCGAAAUCCAACCCGGCCUGAAAAUAGAAACGUAGCUAGCAAGCUAUAGCUGGUCGUUUUUACAGUGCUGCUCCUGUCACAAAUUCAUGAUUUUGACAGGCUGCUUAAUAGUUGAGAGAACAAAAAGCAGGCCCCGAUCAUAUAUCCUAUCGAAAAUUGAGGGGAUGAACAUCGACCCCUCCCCCUAGUUUAUCAACUUGUAUAUUAUCCUGUCUUAUUUUGCGUAUGCCGGAGUAGUGACUGAGCUGAGUGUAAACCUACAGACAUGGACGUGGUGUCGCCAGAGCUGAACAGUCUGCUCCCUGAUGAGAUCAUGGACACAGAGGCCAUCAUCAUGGAUGACGACCCCCCCGCCGAGUCCCCUGCAGCCUCUGGCCAAUCACAGCCUAGUGACGACUCACCAGUCCCCAUGGAAACGGAUGUGCCCGCUGUCCCAGAGAUCGUAAGCCUGUGUUCGGACGCCCCCCCAACCCAGCUGACCCAAGCCGGGACCACCUCCACCCCCACAGGUUCCACCCUCUGUAGCACCACCUCUGCUACCCAGCUCCUCCUCACCUCUUCCACGAUUUCAUCCUCCUCCCUCACCUUGCGACCCGCCACAGCCUCCACCCUAACCUCAACCACCCCUAAAACCACCAGCAGCCUCUCCCGGGUUAGUCUCACCUCGGGGGGCUUACAGAAGCUCUCAGCCCCCUUCACCCUCUCAGCUAACCACCAGAUCAUCCUCAACAAGGUGGCCUCAUCCCCAGGCGCAGACACCACCAGGUCUCAAGGCACCACCACCACUUCCACUACUCCAGGGGGCCAGCAGUUCAUGGUGACGGCCAUAGGAAAGUCUGGCCAGCCUAUUGUGCUGCAGCUGCCCCACACAGGCUCCAAGUCUGCCUCAGUGCAGGGUCUUGGGGAGGCCAAGGCCAACCCGCAGCAUUUCAAGGUGGUGACGGUCAGCUCAGCCAGUCAGGUAUCCACCCUGCAGGCCCAGCAGCUGAAGACUGUACAGAUUGCUAAGAAAACUCAGGUGUCUUCGGCUGGACCAAUCAAGUUUGUCUUCACUAAAGCUGUCAACAACAAAGGUCUGACUGCCCAGACAUCAGUAUCCAAUGUCAUUACAGGUCGGGUCCUGUCCACAAGCAGCCCGGUGACCCCCCCGCGGACCAUCACCCUCUCUGAGACCCUCGGCUCCAGCAACAAGAUCGCCAUCUCCCCCCUCAAGUCGCCGAGCAAGCUGACGGUGGUGUCGGUGGCCUCACAGGUCCCCAACUCCCCUCAGAAGUCAGUGUCUCUGCCUCUCAACAUGGCCCACCUGGGACAUCAGAUACUAUUACAACAGUCUACAGCCACCUCCCCAGCCAAGACCAUGAAGCCUGUGCAGACUGUGACGGUGGGAGGGGUGGGCGCCACCCAAUUUAAGACCAUCUUUCCCCUGUCCACCCCAUCCAACGUGCAGCAGAUCCAGGUGCCAGGCAGCCGCUUCCACUACGUCAGGCUGGUCACUGCCACCACGGGCAGCAGCACGGGACAUGCCGGCAGCCCCAUCACUAACUCAUCCAUGACAGCCAAGCCCAUGGUGGUCAACACAACCCAAGUCAGGAUGUCUGUCCCCAUUGUCCCAGCACAGACAAUGAAGCAGGUGGUGCCUAAGCCCUUGACAUCGUCAGGCCAGGUGCUGACCACUCAGACCCAGCAGAGGUUGAUCAUGCCCGCCACAUCUCUACCCCAGAUUCAGCCCAACCUCACCAAUCUACCCCCGGGUACCGUAUUGGCGCCUGCCCCUGGCUCUGGGAACAUGGGCUACGCCGUGCUGCCCGCACAAUACGUCACACAGCUCCAGCAGUCGGCGUAUGUGACUCUGGCCAGCAGCUCUGGGUUCUCCACCCCUACAGGCAUCCAGACUCAGGCCAGACUGCCUCUCAAUGGCUUAUCAACAUCAGGUGCUGCCUUCAGACCACGGAAGCCCUGUAACUGCACCAAAUCUCAGUGUCUCAAACUGUACUGUGACUGUUUUGCCAACGGGGAGUUCUGUCAGAACUGUAACUGUACCAACUGCUUCAACAACCUGGAACACGAGACGGACCGAGCUAAAGCCAUCAAGGCGUGUCUGGACCGCAACCCGGAGGCGUUCAAGCCGAAGAUCGGUAAAGGUAAAGAGGGCGAGUCGGACCGCAGACACAGCAAAGGCUGCAACUGUAAACGCUCAGGCUGCCUGAAGAACUACUGCGAGUGUUACGAGGCCAAGAUCAUGUGCUCGUCUACCUGUAAGUGUGUGGGCUGUAAGAACUUUGAAGAGAGCCCUGAGAGGAAGACUCUGAUGCACCUGGCCGACGCAGCUGAGGUCAGAGUUCAACAACAGACGGCAGCCAAGACCAAGCUGUCAUCACAGAUCUCAGACCUGCUUACACGGACCACUCCCGCCAUCACCAGCGGAGGGGGGAGGAUGCCCUAUACGUUUGUGACGAAGGAGGUGGCGGAGGUGACGUGCGAGUGUCUGCUGGAGCAGGCUGAGCAGGCAGAGCUGAACCAGCAGCCCCAGGCCACCGCAGAGAGGAUGAUCCUGGAGGAGUUUGGACGCUGCCUCAUGAGGAUCAUCAGCUCGGCGGGCAAGACAGACUGUCCCUCCAUCAACUGCUAGGCUAGGUCCAAGGGCUCUCUCGAUUUGCCUCUCACCCAGCGCAGAGAGAACUCGUUCCUGGGAUACUGAAAGGGUGGCCCCCUUUCUCCCCAAGCCCCAGAGCUAAACAUUGGUACUGGCGAGUGGUGGUGAUCCCUGGGAGGUCCUUGGUUUCUCUGUCUCCCAGGCUAGCUAUCCCCAUAGACAUUGGAUUGGGAGGAGAGUAGACUGCCCCGUCAACUGUUAUCUAGCUAGACCCAGCACCAGGAGGCAAGGACAGCCCUGUGCAAUGCUUACCCAGCCUCAGAGCUCUAGCAUUGGGAGAACUAAGGGACAUUAAUUGCUAUGGCGCUGGUGCUGCUCCUUCUUCACAGUUAGUGGGAACAGCCUUGGCUGAAGGAAGGGGCUGUCCCCAUGCCUGCCUGAAAAAACAAGGAUUGUGGGAGAGACUUGGCUGAAGGGAGGGGCUGUCCCCAUGCCUGCCUGAAAAAACAAGGAUUGUGGGAGAGACUUGGCAGAGAAAGAGGUGCAAAGGUAGAGCAAACGAGCGGGACCAGGAUUUGGGUUUUAACCAGUUCUUGGUUUCGGUGCACCCUCUGACUGAGUGGAAUAGCACAGUUUGUUUGUGUUUUUGGAAGGGGGUUGUUUUAGACUUACCGUGCACACUUUUUGAUAAUGGGUAUUUUUACAUGUUUUGUUUUUUCUUCUAAUGUACUUUUUUUCUACCAUCUUAUCAUGGCUGUGUUUGUCCCUCUCCUUCUCUCUGGUGUGAUAUUAACAUGUUUUAAUCAUUUCUGAUGAUUCUUCAGUUAGUAGCCCAGGUUCUAAUCAUGAUGCUGAUCUCUCUACAGUUGCUAGCUUUUACUGUAGCCCACAAGAUACCCCCACUAUUUAUUUUCCUCAACCACUGUUUCAACUUGUGCUUAUAAAAAUGUCUAGGAACAAAUUCUAAAUUCCCGCUUUUGAUUUUAUCAUGGAUAUGGAGUCUAUUUACCAUUUUUAAACAAAUAAUUGGUAACUAUUUAAAUUUACAUUCACCAGAUUGGGUUUUGGGGUAGCAUACAGUCCUGUUUCUGACACUUUCAGGUAGGGUAAAGUUUCACAAUAUCAAAUCCAAGUUAUUUGCUCUGCUAAAGUGCUUAUGGUACUCUAAAUGAAUUGUGAAGGUAGGAAAGUUGUCCACUUAUUAGGUAAAUAGGAAUAUUGGAAUCUAAGUGACCCUACUUUAACUUCUUUGUGAAUAACAAAGAUGUAGAGUAAUGUAUGUAGAAUAGUGCACACAUCCAUGUUGGAUCACUGUCAAGGGGCAGAUUGUUGGAUUGGAUAAUGAAUCUAGCCAUCGUAUCACCGUAUGUCAGGAGCACUGCAACUAUUUUAGCAUAGCAGAGUGCCUUUAGUCUACAGUGAGCUGAUGAUAUGGCAUGGUAACAUUUUUCUACAAUGUCAUCAUGGAUUAGGCUACCAGGUAACCCAUGGUUUGGCCUCUGUGUGUCACACUAACUCUGUCUUCAGGUAUGUGUUCAACAGCAUCUGGGUGGUGUUUCUAAAACCCGUAUUAUCAUGUCCACUAGUCUGGCUAACACACAACUCUCAAGUCCUCCUGACUUCAGUCUGGAAUGGCUCCUCCAUGUUGGCACAAUGCGUUGAUAAGGAGGAGGGCCGUGUUUUUACUGGUUGGUUCUCUUCUGUAUUAUUCUCACUCAAACACCAACAUGCAUGGCCACACAGCCCCCUGAGCGCUGCCCCUUCCAUUACAAUGGUUGUAUUUUAAAAACAACAAGAGGUCUCAACCUCUGAGGGGGAAAAAAUCACAUUUGAUUGAACCAAUCAAAGCCAUUGCUCAAUUUCUGAGUGAAUAUUGCAUUAACGGCCUUCUUUCCAGACCAGUGUACGACAGCUGUCCCUGUGUUGUGAGUCAUGUGGGUCGCGCCAGCCUACAUUUCCCCCUCACAAAGCCGAUCCCUCUCUGUUUUUGUAUUGGGUGAGUCUUGUGUGUGUUUGGGUGUUGUUUUUAAAAUACUGUUAUUAGUAGAUGUAUUUCCCCCCAGAAUACCUUUGCCUUACGUUCCCCAGUCUGCUCAGGGCAUUGAAGGACUUUUACUACGUUGUCAAUUGUUUCCCCCAAUGUUGUUGAAGACUCACACAUACUUAUUAAAACACGCUCAAGAUCUAUCAAAAAGCAGCCGUUUGUUGAUAUAGAUUGCCCUUGUCCAAAAGAGCAUGACCAUGUUAUAAACCAUCACACAUCCUUUUUAAAGUUGUAAUCAUCCCUAUGCACUGAAAACUUUGUUUAUUGUAUGGGAUGAUCUUGCAGGUUAUUACAAAAUUGCUGUACAGGAGCAUCAACAAUUGGUUUGAGCAGCGUGAUGCAUCCCUAAUAAAACACAUUUCUCUAGGCCCUGUUCAGGAGGGUGCAAUGUUACAGAACGUUCAGAUAGAAAUGUAUUGUGUAGAACUAAUACAGUGGUAUUUCAGGUAGAGGAUUGGAAUUAUUGGCACUGUUACAUUUCUAUUUGUAACAUUUGUUGAGUCUCCCCUCAUUGAAUACAGCCCUAGUAUCCAUUGUCAACCCACAAAGUGGGAUGUUUCAAAGGGCUUCCAAUAGUUGAGCACAAACAGAACGCUGCUCUGAAAGUGCUCUGCCCAGCUCACUCCCUUAAUCUGAUGUUGAAAGGUGGUGGGAAAUUGUUUUUAGAUUGUCUUCUAACAGAGAGAAAUGUAACAAAAAAUACAUUUAUAUUAUCAAUAAAACUAAACAGCAAAGUUGUGCUCUGUCUGUGAACAGAAAAGUUCCUAUCAAAUCUAUAUAUUUCAGGAGAAACCUAGCCUUCUAUCAGGUAACCUAACCCAUGGCAUCUGGCAGUGCUCUGUACACUAGACAAAACAAUAAACCUUCUUUGUACCUUCUCAAUGUUUGCAAUAUCAGGCUUUUUUCACUGAGGGAAUCUCUGUACUGAACUGAUCUGUGUAAAUCUGUUACCUGCUGCCCCUCCAUGUAUAAAAGCCCCUGUGCAACAGCUUAGUAGUACUACUUGGUUGUUUGAUUGUAUAUCGUAUGUUAAGUGACCAUUGCCUGUUGCUUUUUAGGUGAAAUCAUGUUUGUCUUUUUUCUUAUGUCACCGUUCUUGUAAACAUCUGUCUGUCUGGAAUUAUUUAUCUCAUGUUAUCCUGACUAUAACACAAUAUCACCAAAAUUAAAGUACUUUUAAUUAUUUUCAGAUUUCUAUUGAGUAAAGCCUAUGUAAGAUGUUGUGACUGUAAUGUAAGCUAAAUACAAAGCAAAUAAAAUUUAUACAGUUCUGUAAAAAAA